UACAGUUUUUAAGCGACCAUGCAGCUCAGCUCAGGCGUCUCUUCGCCGCCGAAGCUCUGGGUACCCGGGUAUGCAUAUGCUGGGUGAGAAUAAAUUAAUACGGUUGCUUGCGAGGAGCACCCCCAUCGAGCUCGCGCGUGCUUACCUGAGUAACAAAUGGAUCCAGUUGUAACUUAUUAACCCGCACUUUUGCAGUCCGUGUCAUCUUGGUUCCUAUAACCUGUCCUAUAAGUAUUUUUCGAGCUGCACCAGACAUUUUCUUUUAAAAUAAAUAAUUUCUUCUCAAUCAGAGAAUGCGACGCCGACGGCUGCGGUAUAGGUACGGUGCGUGCGAUAUUACAUGCGGGGGUACGGUCGGUCGGUCAGGCGCGCGGUCGCACAUUUCUUGCACAAGUUGAUGUUAUGUUACGCAAUCCGACAACGUCAAUGGCUAGUUCGAACUCGUCCAAAAUACUCGAUUUGAUGCACAAACAACUUCGAAAAUCACUAAAGAACAUUGAUUCACUCAGAGACGCCUGGAAAGUCACUUCGAGUGCAGCUUCGUCAUCCAUAAAUUCACUACAAAAUGUUAUUGAGCAGUAUCACUGCACAUUACGGUGUGUUCAGUCCCAAACACCAGAUAUCAUGUUGGUAAAACGUUUUCCAGAUAUUCACAAGGGUGUUCAAUACAAACUGAUCCAAGAAAUGGAACUUCUGAUGGAGAAACUUGGAAGUGCGAUAGAUGAACUUCAGGCCAUCCAUUCCAAAGUGCACCAACAGUACAUCAACAGUGUGACUGUCUACAAGAAGAAUGCCGAAUAUCUACCACUGGACAAGAUUACAACAGGAACAGCCACCUGGCCGCCCAUUGCUGAUAUCCUGGAAUGGCUGAAGGAUCUGGACUCCCUGUUUAGUUUCUUAUAUGAGAAUCAAAGACAAGUCCUGGCAACAGUUGACUACGAAAAUGAGGAGCUUAUGCAAAAUCUAUCUAAAAAUUGGAACAAAGGCUACAAAGAGACAGAGGAAUCUCUUGAGAAUGUGCUGGCACAUGUUUCAUUCUUCAUGGCAGAUGGAUGAGGGACUUUUUUUAAGAGUACCACGGUUUACACAGACAAGGUUGGAUCUUCAAGAGAAUGCCUGACCUAUCACCCCAAAAGUGGGUCAGAACGUGGGUGCUCCAUUCGAGUCCCUAGGAGACAUUGCACUGCUAUGUUGUUCAGAGAUGUAGGUAGAUGGAGAGGUUAAAACAAUAAAAUCUGAUAAUCCUUCAACUAUCUUGCAGUGCUACCUAGAAUUGACAGUGAGGAUACUAAUUCUGUUUUGGUGGAUACUGCUAAUAACCUGACUCAACUUUUUUGAGUUUUACCAAAUAAUGAAUUCCAAGUGAUUUAUUUCAUUUGCCCUGCAUGCUUGAGUGGAUAACCAAUGGAAGCUCAAAAGCUUAUUUCCAGUGGUGUGCAAGUCUAUUUUUUAAUCUAAACCCCUCAAAAUAAGUUCUGCAGCUCAAGUUUGAGGGAUGAUGACUUUUUUGUUACUGUUCAAAGUAUAAAAGAUGAAGCUGGUAUCAUUUGAAAGGUCUUUACAAUCAUGAUGUGCCAUCAGCUCUGAUUAUAUAAGUUUAUAGAAAUUCUCCCAUUUGGUUUUUGAUUGACCAUUUGAGAAUAGACAAAGCUUGUAAAGUCGAACCAGUCAAACAACUAUAGUAAAGGUCCACUAUGUUGGAGUUCUCUUCUUAUGGGACUGUAUUAAUAACUGCUGAAUUCUUAGGGUUAAAAAUUUAUGUUUUGUCCCAUAUAAAGCAUAUAUUUCACAUAUAUAUAUUUUUUUUUUUUGGGGGGGGGGGUGCUGAUGUGUAUUUCCAGUUCAUUAGUUAGUCAGCACCUAACAAAAUCUUGUAAAGAGACUACAAUAGGCAAUCUAGUUUUCACAAGAAAGAGCUUUUUUUCAUCCAUGCAAUCAUUGCAAUAUGUAGUAUGGGCAUGACCAAGAAAAGCAUAUAGAUUGCUUCUAGAGAGUGUAGUUUUGAAUAACCACUUGAUAGCCUAUCCACUGAUUCAAAAUUGGACAGAAAAUAAAAACAAACUAUGUAUGGCAAUGCAAUUUUGAAGUUUGGGGGAGCUUUGAAUUUUGCCAUCCCACCACAUAAAUAAAAAAUCUGAAAAUUUGAAAUUUAAACAUUGGCUGCACUGGUUUUCUUUGUAAAAUCAAACUUACGCAUUCAGCCAAAUUUUCUAAGAAAUUAAAUGUUUCAUGUACCAAUACAAAGUAGAUCUAAUACUUUGUUUUGAUCUUCAAAUAUUCACAUUUUUAUGAGUUCGCAAUGAAUAAAAUCAAUACAAGGAGAAAUUGAUUUAUGUUUAUUUAUUUGUCAUCCUCGGUAGAAUUAAAGCAAUAGGGGAGAAACAACUUCAAUAAUACAACAAUGUAAGUCUUCACAAGCAAUGUUAGAUACUUUUGUCUGCAAAAAUAGCCUCAAAGGGCCUUAUUCAGUUGUUGGCAACCUUUUUUUUUCUGGAAAAGUAGCCCUAACAAGCCCAAUUGGCUACUUUGGUCUUGAAACUACAUGACAAGCCUUGCUGGCCACUUGUUUGUGUGGAAGCCUUGGCUGCAUUUUCUAUGAAAAGCUUUAGCAUUUGUUUGCUGGCUACCUUUGUCUGAAAAGUGGUGUCAUUCAACUACAAUACGGUAAACAAAGGAAAGCCAGAAACAGCAAUAUCACCAUCUCGAAUGCACAGUAUACAUGUAUUUACCGAAGAAGUUUGCUCCGAUGGCUCGUAUGCUGAACUCUGGUUUAGCAUAAUCUAAUUCACCAAGUCUUUGCUCAAAUUAUGGGAAGUCAAAUAUGACAAAUUUGUUUACACUUCACAUUUCAAUAUAUGUACUAGUAUUUUUCACAUAAUUGAAUUCCCUUUUUAUUUUUUUUAUGCUUCAGGUGU